AGUAGGGAGAAAAUAGAGGGCUGAUAAAAAGUCGGAGCCUAAAGGAACCCUAAGGAAACGGCAGGGGAGAUGGGAUUUCUCGCGCCAUCACUCCUGCCUCCCGAUCACCCCUUCCACCGGGCUCUGAGGUGCCUUGGCCCCGUCCAGUGACUGUUGGUGGGCGUGGAGCCCAGCAUCCUCCAUUCUCCACCCCAGAGCGAAGGCCGCCAGUCUCUCCAGACUGCCCUCUUGCAGGACCUGGUUCCUGCUCAGGGCCCUGCGGCUUCAAGGGUCGCGGAGGGCAGUCCGCGCCAACCGCCUGCGAGCCAGGCUGCUCCUCUCCCGAGCCUUAGCGGAGGAUGCCGGGUUCCCUGUCCGUGAGGAAGUCGAUCCGGACUGUGGGGUGAGAUGUGCCCAUCCGAAAGAUCUGCAAGAGGUAGGACGUGAGCAGUCACAAACGGGCAUUUUACAACUCAGGGAAUUCUGCUCUGGUUGCGAAACGGCACUUUCUGGCGGCGAGGAGCACGUUGAUAGAGGUGAUGGCGGGUGAACUGUGCCAAGGCAGACUCUCUCACUCAGGAGUCAGCAGUGUGUCAGCUCAAGAGUGGGGUAACAAAUCUUCACGCCUGGGCUUUACCGGCCGCUGCCUGCACUAAGAGGCGAUAUUCGAUGCAGCUGUGAACCAGGACAGAGAGGGAGAGAGCAAGCAAACGCACCGUUCGGGUUAUUUAAGCGAGAUUCUGCAGAUGGGAUGGGAGGGGAGGAAGGCUGACAUCACCGGGGGCGGGGCCGCGGCCCAAAGUUAAAGUCGGCGGCGUGACUGACUGGGGAGACAGCAAGUUUGGGGCACAGCGUCGCCAUGGGCUGCCACAACGUUUCGGAGCUCCGGGACCUGGGCUGCUCCAGCCAGCUGCUUCUGCAGCCGCUCUGGGACGCCAUGAGGAGCAGGGAGGCGUUCGCUCGCUCACCCCUUUUCCCCGUCAUCUUCUCGAUGGUCACCUACGUGGGCUUCUGCCUGCCGUUCGUGGUGCUGGACCUGCUGUGCCCCUGGCUGCCCAUCCUGCGACGCUACAAGAUCCACCCCGACUUCUCGCCGUCGGCGAGGCAGCUGCUGCCCUGCCUGGGGCUGACCCUCUCCCAGCACCUGCUGGUGGUGUUCCCGGUGACGCUGCUGCACUGGGCGCGCAGUCCCGCGCUCCUGCCGCGGGAGGCCCCCGAGCUCUCCCAGCUGCUGAGCCACGUCCUCAUCUGCUUGCUGCUCUUCGACACCGAGGUCUUCGCCUGGCACCGGCUGCAGCAUAAGGUGCCGUGGCUGUACCGCACCUUCCACAAGGUGCAUCACCAGAACGCGUCCUCCUUCGCGCUGGCCACGCAGUACAUGAGCGUCUGGGAGCUGCUUUCCCUGACCUUCUUCGACGUGCUGAACGUCGCGGUGCUUCGGUGUCACCCACUCACCGUCCUCGUCUUUCACGUGGUCAACAUCUGGCUGUCGGUGGAGGAUCACUCAGGCUACGACUUCCCGUGGUCCACGCACAGACUCGUGCCCUUCGGCUGGUACGGGGGCGUGGCUCACCACGACCUGCACCACUCUCAGUUUAACUGCAACUUUGCUCCUUACUUCACACACUGGGACAAAAUGCUGGGGACCCUGCGGUCCGCGCCCCUGCCAGCGCGCUCCUGUGCCUGUGGUGGGCGCUACCUGGACUCCGGAGAGCUGUGCCCUUCACACUUGAACCAGGAGAAGAAACAGACUUGAGUUGUUUUUUUUCAGAAGUUAGUAAGUUUUUGAACAUUGAACACUACUAUAAAAUCGAGUGUGUUUCUGCAAUAUGACAAAAAUAAUUUAUAUAAUGCUUGUAUAUCAAUUUAAUUGUAGUCUUGGUGUCAAAUUUCAACUCACUCCAGUGUCAUUGACUUGUGGACACAGGUUAGACAUUCAGCGUGGUGUACUUGAAUCGUUAUGAUACCUAGAAAGAUUUGUUUGUAGAACCAAGACUUUCCUACGUAUGAAAUUGCACUGGAACUGGGCUAAACACACAUGUUGAUGAAAAACCUGAUUUCUGACUCUUUAAAUGAGCAAACCUGUUCCUGCUGGGCAGUGACCAAGGUUAUAGUAUAUUUUUUCUAUGUGUUGAAUGAAAUGAUAUAUUUAUACUGACAGAAUUUUUAUUUGCAUUUUAAAAAUAAAAAGCACAUGUGCUAAACAAA